GUCACACAGAGCACCUGAGCAGCCAGGCAUACUAUCAGCGGCUCUUACAAUAACAAGCCAGCUCGCCAGGGAUUGCCUGGGAUCGCCUUGAGCUCUCAGCCUGCUGCAGACAGGAUGGGGGGAGCAACAGGGGAGCUGUGCUGGGAGCUCUGUGAGCGCAGAGCAUGGGGAGCUGUCCAUUCAGCACCAGCAUACCAUCAGCACUGCUAACAGCUCCUGCAGCCACUGACACUACUCCUCCACUUACCUCACUCACACUCACUGCAUGGCCACUGGGGACCUGCUCAACUCAUCCAAAACCUCACUCCUGCUGGAAAACAGCAACUGCUCAGGGAUCCUGGGUGAAGAAAGUCUGAUGGGGACAACCAGAGCCAGCAGGAAACCAACAGAAAGCUUGGGGAAGUCACUCCUGAAGUUGCCACCUGGCUGCCCUGUGCUGAUGGCUAUACAAUUCUAAUGUUAAGAGGCCUGCUUUCCAUAAUAAAAAAGUUUGAAAGCUCAAUAUGACAAGGGACAGAUUGGACGAUUUGUCUGAAUACGAUAUUGAAGAUUCUGAGAUUAGUAUAAAUGUCGGAGGAUACAAGAAAAGGUUAAGAUAUGACACGUUGUUAAAAUUCCCAGACACCAGACUGGGCAAGCUCUUGGCUUGUCACUCAAAAGAAUCCAUCCUUGAACUGUGUGAUGACUAUGACGACACCAAAAAUGAGUUUUACUUUGACAGAAACCCAGAGCUUUUCCCUUACGUGUUACAUUUUUACAAUACCGGGAAACUCCACGUCAUGGGUGAACUUUGCGUUUUUUCUUUCUGCCAAGAGAUAGAAUACUGGGGAAUUAAUGAGUUCUUCAUAGACUCGUGCUGUAGCUACAGCUACCAUGGGAGAAAAGUUGAACCUGACCAAGAACAGUGGGAAGAGCGGAGCGAACAUGAGAGCACCACAUCUUCAUUUGAUGAGAUUUUGGCGUUUUACCAUGAUGCAUCCAAGUUCGACAGGCAGCUGUUUGGAAAUAUUAGAAGGAGACUUUGGUUAGCUUUGGAUAAUCCAGGCUACUCUGUUCUGAGUAGAAUCUUCAGCAUCCUUUCCAUCAUGAUAGUCCUGGGUUCUAUUGUCACCAUGUGCCUCAACAGUUUGCCAGACUUUCAGAUUGUUAACGCCAAUGGCAGUGCAGAAGAAGACCCCAGAUUUGAGAUUGUGGAACAUUUUGGCAUAGCCUGGUUCACACUUGAGUUGGUGGUGCGAUUUGCAGUGUCUCCAGACUUUAAAGCGUUCUUCAAACAUCCCCUGAACAUCAUCGAUUUCAUAUCGAUAGCUCCAUUUUACACCACCUUAAUAGUCAACCUAGUGGUGGAAAGCAGUCCAGCUCUGGCCAAUUUGGGAAGGGUGGCACAAGUGUUGAGACUCAUGAGGAUUUUUCGCAUCUUAAAGCUUGCUAGACAUUCCACGGGCUUAAGAUCGUUGGGGGCUACAUUAAAAUACAGUUACAGGGAGGUGGGCUUGUUAUUGCUGUAUUUGUCUGUAGGGAUUUCAAUAUUUUCUGUUGUGGCUUACACCAUUGAAAAAGAGGAAAACAAUGGCUUAGCCACAAUCCCAGCUUGUUGGUGGUGGGCCACCGUUAGCAUGACCACGGUUGGUUAUGGAGAUGUGGUGCCAGGAUCUAUAGCAGGGAAACUGACUGCCUCAGCUUGUAUACUAGCUGGGAUUCUUGUGGUUGUUCUUCCUAUAACUCUCAUAUUUAAUAAGUUUUCCCAUUUUUACCGACGGCAAAGGCAGCUAGAAAAUGCGAUGAGAAGCUGUGAUUUUGAUGAUGGUGUAAAAGAAAAUCCAUCUGUAAACCUUAGGGAUUACUAUGCUCAUAAAGUCAAAUCCCUGAUGGCAAACCUCACAAAUUUGAGCAAGAGUACACCAAGCGAGCAAAGUCUUGAUGACUCACUAAACUAAUUCAGGACGUAAUCCACCAUAUUCUUAUCCAUCCAUUGCAUGAUCUACAAGGCACUGUACUUCAGUCAGUGUCCAAACAUAAACGUAUAGAUUAGCAAUAUUGGCACUGGCCCUUCCAUUGGUUCUUAUAGUGCCUUGCGUCUACCAGUCUUUCCUUUUAGUGAUGCUAAGUGUGCAUUUUACUAAUCUAUUGUUCGACUCAUGUGAGCAAUGUCCUGUAAAACUGGGUAUCCAUAUUUAUGCGGCAGUGUCAAAAGUAACAACAAAAAAAAAAAAACAUUCUAAGCUGUUUGCAGUAAAAUGUUGUUAAUGUUUGUUCAGGUGGCGUGUUUGGGAAUGCUCUGUUACCUGUGAAUAGUAUCUUCUGUCUGACGUGCCCAUAACAUGCACUAAAAUGUUUGGAUUGAAUUCCAGAACAAUGGAUGUGUGUGCAUUUGAUGUUAUAUAAUAUAAACAUUUUGGCUUUCACCGCUGUGCGUCAUUGGACUCGCACCAAGUGUAGCACACUAGUGACCAAGCAAUCAACCGCAUACCUAAAGUGACUUUUAGGAUCAAUGUAUUUGUAAAAUUGUGGGUGUUUCAAGUCAAAGAAGCAUUCGUUGUCAUGGGCUGCUGCAAGGUUAACAUGUAACGUUUAUGUGUCUGUGUGUGACUAACAGGGUCUUACAACGGUUGAGCUUCUCAGAUUUGUCUAAGCUAUAUUAUUAUUCUAGGUGUGGGGCCAAUUAUAGCAGAUGUACGGAUGCAACAGCAUUCUCAAGUGUCUGAACGGAUAGUUUGCUGCAAACGUUCUGUAAAUGGUGGGAUUGAUGGCAGACAUUUCAUUCUGGUUUGUUUUCUGUUUGAUGAUUGGAAAAACAAAGUCUGUUUUCAACUGAUGGUGUACGUAGAAAGCCGAUAGUAGCAUAUUGCAUGUACAAGGACGUUAUUCUGAGUUCUGUAAGAUAUAAGGUUUACUGACAUUGGAUUGUGGUGAGUUGACAAAUGUCCUUUAAGGUGAAAGAAAAUGCAGUUAGGUUAAGUUGGAGAUUUUUUUGUUGCCAACUCAUCUAUUUUGGGCUAAAUUUCAGAAAUUUACUUGUUAUCUCCCAAUGAUAUAUUUUUACAGAAUAAACAUAAAAUGAUUGGAGAUUGCAUUGCAGAAUUAUAAAUCUUGCAAAGCAAAAAGUGAAGCCUCAGUUUGUCAUAUUUCUCUGCUUCUGCUGUUUUGAUAUUUUAGCCGGGGCUGUGACAGCUUUGAUUGUUACGUACAGAAGCAAUACGCAUUUGCGGAUACUUGAUGGACUUGAGUUUUUUAAGUUAAAUGAUUGUGGGUCUUAUAAAUCCGGUGAUUUUCUGCACACGUUUCAGGCGCCAUCGCAUAAAUGACUGAUACUACAACCAAAAUGUAUUCCACACUAUCUUAGUCUUCACAUAAAAGAUGUAUAUACCACUCCUAUGCUGAAAUGAAAAUCAAUGAAUGACUGCAUAUCCAAUGAUAAAGUAUGUGAGACUACUUUGUCAGCAUAGGAAUGCUGCAUACAUCUAGCAAAUUAUUUGUAUUUAUUGGACGAUGCUAGGGUAAAUUUGUAUAUACAGUCAUAGCGGUUGAGCAGAACUAUCAUCCAGGAUUUAGUUAUGUAUUUUGACAGUUCCAUUUACCUAACGGGAAAAAAAAGAAUGUUCAUCUGAAUACUGAGUCAGAAAAUGUUUAAAGGGACAGUCUUGUGACAGUAGCAUUCAGCUCAGUUGCUUCAGUUCCGGGGUACUAUAAAUGAACUGUACAGUUAAUUUUACAUAUAGUGAGCUGGUGGUAAGGCUGAGUGCCAUAUAUUAUUAUACUGGUUCAUACAUAGGACAUAUACCUCGGUUUUAUUCGGAUCUUUCUUAAUCUCAAAGCAUUCCUUUUUAUAUUUUUUCAGUGAUAGAAAGCCCUAGUGCUCUAUUUAUAUAAUUUCCAUCAGAAACUCCCAUCAGCCAUUACAAUAAUUUCAUAUUAAGUCACGGCUUUAAUUAAAGCAAAACUAUACGUAAUUGUCACCUUUUAUUUGAAUACAUUACAUAUACAAUAAAAAAUAAAAUACUUAUAUUUUAAAGGUCAGGCAGACUUGUCCCUAACUAAGAAGAGGCUGACCAAUCCGGCCUAUCAUUCUGGUCUGAGAUAAGAGUUAGCUCCUAUCUCAUCAGAAUAAAUGCAAUUUUGAAGUAUGAUAUUUGAUCAAAAUAGUAAAUAAUCAAAUCCAUGAAAAUGUGUUUAUAUAUAAAAAAAAGCUACCUU